AUGCUUCACCUGGUUUUUGAAACAGAUCAUGCAGUAACUAUCAAGUCGCUACCUUCUUUAGAACACUAUCACAUUGUGCAUAUCAAUUAUGCAGGAAUGGGAGGCUGGAAGUUAGAGACGGGACGGUUUGCGCUUAUGGUAGCAUUUCCAGUGGUUGCUUUUUGGAUCUUUAAUCAGCCGUCCAUCUUCAAAGUUUUCAUGAAGGGAUACAAGGUUCCUGACAGUAGUGAGGGAGACGCGGCCGUGGCUAAGUGGAAAGAACAAUUGUUGGCUCAAAAGAGAAAAGAGGAGUAUGAACACUUUUUGCGGGAGCAGAUGGCAUUUGAGGAGGCUCGUCGUCGUCGAGAUCAGCAAGCCGUCUAAUGUUGUUUGCGAACUUAUUGCCUUAUUAGGUUGUAAAUAUCAAUAGUCAAGAAUGAACACUGUAUGCUAUACCUCAUUUGUUGUUGCUCAUUCAAAGUCUAAAAAGAAAUGAAUUUGAUUCACA